UCAAGUAUCCCAACUCAAUCAUCAAUGCUUUCAGAUCUCAAGUAAGAAUCUAAGCUAGGGCAGCAUCCCAGUCUCUCUAAUGGCCUCUUCUUUGCAACCAGAACGAAAUUACGAUGUGUUCCUCAGUUUCAGAGGCGAAGAUAUCCGCAACAACUUCGUGGGUCAUCUAUGGAAGGCCUUGGAUGGGGCUGGCGUGAGGACGUUCAUCGAUAGCAAGGAACUGAGGAAGGGAGAUGGAAUAUCACCCUCGAUCGCAAGGGCGAUCGAAGGAUCCCGCAUCACGGUUGUCGUCUUCUCGGAGAACUAUGCUUCGUCGCCGUGGUGCUUGGAGGAGCUAGUACAGAUAUUAGAGUGCAAGAAGAUGAAUGAACAGGUUGUCAUGCCUGUGUUUUACAAAGUGGAACCGAGGAAAGUAAGAGGAAGGCACGGGAGUUACGGGACGGCACUGGCAAUGCACGGACGCAAGUAUGGGAAGGGUUCAGAGAGAGUGAAGAAAUGGAGGGAAGCUCUUGCUGAAGCUGCUAAUUUGUCUGGGUGGCAUCUGGACAAUGGAGAUGAGUCCAGUCUAAUUGAGAGCAUAACUAGAGAGAUCUCAGUCAAAUUAGGCAAAGUGCCCCUCCAUGUUGCCAAGCAUCCGGUUGGAAUAGAAUACAGGGUGGAGAAAGUCAAAUCGUUGCUGAGAAUGGAACUUAGUGAUGCUCACAUGGCGGGAAUCUGGGGGACUGGAGGCAUAGGAAAGACGACAAUUGCUAAAGCUGUUUACAAUUCUCUCAUCGGCCAAUUUGCCAACCACUGCUUUCUCCACAAAGUGGGCGAAACAUCGAAAAAUCUCGGCCUGGUUCAUCUGCAGAAAGAACUUCUACGGGAGAUGUUGGGGACAAAAGACUUGGAAGUGCCGAGCGUCGAUGCGGGGAUUAAUUUGAUACGGGAUAGGCUCUGCUGCAAAAAGGUUCUUCUUGUUCUUGAUGAUGUGACUGGUAUGGACCAAUUAGAUGCAUUAGCCGGAGAAUGCAACUGGUUCAGUAAAGGAAGUCGGGUCAUCAUUACAACAAGAGACAAACAUUUGCUAAAUUCUCAUGGCGUGAACGAAAUAUAUGAGGUCAAACCUUUAAAUCACACCGAAUCUCUUGAGCUCCUUAGUUGCCAUGCUUUUCCAAAGGGUGCGAAAAUGGGGAUCAGUAGGGAUCUGGUGGACGGCGUUCUGAGGUAUGCGAAUGGGCUUCCACUGGCGCUUGUAGUGUUGGGUUCGUUUUUGCAUGGUAGAAGCAAAGAGCAGUGGAAGAGCGCAUUGAAUAAACUUGCAGAGCAUCCGAACGAAAUGAUCAAUAAUGUCCUGAAGAUUAGCUUUGAGGCCCUGGAUGAUCAGCAGAAGGAAAUUUUUCUCGAUAUUGGUUGUUUCUUUGUGGGGAAGGAUCAUAAGUACGUAAACCAAGUUCUUGAUGCAUGCGGCUUCGAACCGAUCAUUGACAUGCAAGUACUAGUUGAGAGGUCUCUGAUAAGUAUUGAACGUGGGAAGAUUCAAAUGCAUGACUUGCUUCAAUUAAUGGCCAAAGAUAGUGUCUAUCAAGAGUGCCCAGAGGAGCCAAGCAGACGCAGCAGGUUAUGGUCGUAUGAUGAUGUUCGUGAAGUAUUGGCAUCAGAUACAGUAAUACCGGAAUCAACUGCUAUCAAAGCAAUCGGUCUCUCGGAGUAUAAUCCAGAAGAAGAUCUGCUUAUUAGUCCGGCCUCGUUAGCAAAUUUGAAGAGGCUGCGACUGCUCAUACUUAGAAAUGCAUGCUUUCCCAAUGGAUCCGAGCAAUGUCUCGCUCCAGAGGUGAGAUGGUUUGAAUGGCUUGGAUACACUUCAGCAAUCUUUCCGACAUUUCGCAACCCAGAGAAGCUCGUGGGGCUUCAUAUGUGGUACAGUCUUAUUCUAGAAUUGGGGAGUGAAUUCAAGAAUCUUAGAAAUUUGAAAUAUGUCAAUUUCGGUGAAAGUGGGUUUCUCAAGAAGUUUCCUGACAUUUCAAAGAUCCCAAAUGUUGAAAGUUUGAAGCUACACGGAUGCGUUCGAUUAGUUGAGAUCCAUGAAUCUGUUGGGCAGCUGGAGGAGCUUGUUGAAUUGGAUCUUGAAUCUUGUUUAAGCCUUGAGACGUGUCCUUCUACACUGAAAUCGAAAUAUUAUAAAUUCCUGCGCUUCGAGAGUUGCUCCCGUCUCGCAAAGUUCCCUACCAUCUCGACACAAAUGGAAGCUCUGCAAAUGCUUAGCUUAAAUGAAAGCGGGAUCGAAGAAUUGCCAGAUUCAAUCAGGAAUCUUGUUUCUCUCGUAGCUCUGUUUAUGGAUGACUGCAAGGAACUUUCAGUCCUUCCUAGCAGCAUACACAGUUUGCAAGCUCUUAAGCAUAUGAGUGCGAAUGGUUGUUCGAAGCUUCGUAAGUUUCCACGCAAGAUGGAAAAUGAUUCAGUUGAUCCGGAUUGCGCCGUCGGAUUGCCGAGUCUAAUUCAUCUGAGUCUAAGCAAUUGCAGUCUAUCGGAAGUGGAGUUUCUCAUGGAUCUUACCUGCUUUUCCACCUUGUCCUUCCUGUCCCUGGCGGGUAAUGCUAUUACUACUCUGCCUGCGUGCAUCAGUAAGUUUGACGAGUUGAGUGUGCCUGAUUUGUCAAAUUGUGAGCAGCUUCAACGGAACUUUGAACCUCCCCGACUUCUAUGGUUAUCCGAGGUCGAGUUGGGUGGAAAUUAUAAUUUUUAA